CCCCUAAGGCCCGACCCAGCGCCUGGCUCCUCGACGCCUCCCGCCGGGCCCUCUGGCAACGCAUGGGGGCCCGGCGCUAAGGAUCCCUCCUCCCCGGGGGCGCCGGGGCGCGUCCCCCGAGGGCCAUGCCCGGCCGCCCCGCCCGCCCCAGAGGACCCUAGAGAGCGGUGCGGGGCCAUGGCGACCGCCGGCGGCUACACGGACCUGCGUGAGAAGCUCAAGUCCAUGACGGCCCGGGACAACUAUAAAGCGGGCAGCCGGGAGGCGGCGGCUGCCGCUGCCGCCGCUGUAGCCGCUGCUGCCGCCGCCGCCGCCGCCGCCGAGCCCUACCCGGGGUCCGGGGCCAAGCGCAAGUUCCAGGAAGACUCGGACCCGGAGCGCAGCGACUACGAGGAGCAGCAGCUGCAGCGGGAGGAGGAGGCGCGUAAGGUGAAGAGCGGCAUCCGCCAGAUGCGCCUCUUCAGUCAGGACGAAUGCGCCAAGAUCGAGGCCCGCAUCGACGAGGUGGUGUCCCGCGCCGAGAAGGGCUUGUACAACGAGCAUACGGUGGACCGGGCCCCGCUGCGCAACAAGUACUUCUUCGGCGAGGGCUACACGUACGGCGCCCAGCUACAGAAGCGCGGGCCCGGCCAGGAGCGCCUCUACCCGCCGGGAGACGUGGACGAGAUCCCCGAGUGGGUGCACCAGCUGGUGAUCCAGAAGCUGGUGGAGCACCGCGUCAUCCCCGAGGGCUUCGUCAACAGCGCCGUCAUCAACGACUACCAGCCGGGUGGCUGCAUCGUGUCGCACGUGGACCCCAUCCACAUCUUCGAGCGCCCCAUUGUGUCCGUGUCCUUCUUUAGCGACUCCGCGCUCUGCUUCGGCUGCAAGUUCCAGUUCAAGCCUAUCCGGGUGUCCGAACCUGUGCUUUCCCUGCCUGUGCGCAGGGGGAGCGUGACUGUGCUCAGUGGAUACGCUGCUGAUGAAAUCACUCACUGCAUACGGCCUCAAGACAUCAAGGAGCGCCGAGCAGUCAUCAUCCUCAGGAAGACGAGGUUAGAUGCGCCCCGGUUGGAAACAAAGUCCCUGAGCAGCUCUGUGUUGCCACCCAGCUAUGCUUCAGAUCGGUUGUCGGGAAACAACAGGGACCCUGCUCUGAAGUCCAAGCGGUCCCAUCGGAAGGCAGACCCUGAUGCUGCCCACAGGCCACGGAUCCUAGAGAUGGACAAGGAAGAGAAUCGGCGCUCAGUGCUGCUGCCCACACACCGGCGGAGGGGGAGCUUCAGCUCGGAGAACUACUGGCGCAAGUCCUACGAGUCUGCGGAGGACUGCGCAGAGGCGGCUGGCAGCCCUGCUCGGAAGGUGAAGAUGAGAAGGCACUGAGGCCUGCUGCCCACAUCCCUCCGGGGAACUCUGGUUCAUCCUCAUGUAGCUGCCCCCUCUUUUUCAUUUUGUUUUGUUUUGAUGGUUUUUGUUUUUGGUUUUUUUGGAUCCUAUAUUUUUUUCCCUUGGUUUGUUGUCUUUCAAGGCUGAAGAACAGAAUAGCCAGGACCUAGGUCCUUGUGUUCUUGGUUUUCGUCCUGGGUGGAAAGGUUGUUGGUGUUUGUUGGGCACAGAAGCUGACACUGGAGUGACCAGUGGAGGCGUGGGGGUAGCCGUCCUCAAGUGGGGCUGUGUCAGACUGGAUUUAUUUAAAAGCAAACAAAAUGUUUUGAUUAAGAAAAUUCUUGGUUUGCUUUAAAUUUAAAUCUUUUCAGUAUUUUAAACAAAGUUUCAUCUUCUGCCCCUCCCCUUUCUCCAAUGACAUCUGCGCUUGGUUGAGGUCUCUGGGAGCCUUGCCAGCUCCGCCCAUAGUCUGAUCAGCGCUGGCUCUGCUGCCCUCCCACUUCGCAUUUGCUCUCUAGGUCCCACAAGCUCAUGCAAACACCAUUUUUUUGCCUCUGGAAGAGUUGUUCAGGUUGGCUGGGUGGUGCACAAACAGGGUCCGCCCCUGCCUCCCCAGAGCUGUUGCUCAGCCCCUGGGCCGCCUCUGAGCCCACUGGCAUGCUCAGCCUACAGUUCCUUGGGGCCGCCCAGAGGCUGCCAUGAUCUUGGCCCCUUUUAUCAAAACCUCUUCGCUGGGUUGCUUGUUUCCAAAAUACAUGUGUGACUGUAUGGAGCAGUGGAGACUUGCCGUGUUGGGUCACUUUAGGAUUGUUUCUAGCUAGAGGGACGGGUGUCCUCCCAAGUCUAGCAUGUGCGGUAUGGAAUAUUGUCGUGGUGUGUGGUAGGGUUUUUUGUUCUGAGUUUUUAUUUUUCCUUUGGUCUCCUGGCUUUUUCCUUUCCCUUCGCCUCUCCAACAUUGGCCAGCUUGGGCCCUCUCCCCAUGGUGUCCCCCCUGGGGAGGCACCCACACCUUUGUCUGCCUGCAGCAUGCAUCCAAGGCCACGGCUCGGGCCUUUAGACUAGGUGGGUGCCCCUCUGCCUCAGUGGGGGUGGGAACUGGGGAAAAGCCUUUUAAAAAGAUAAUAAUAAAAGAAAUAAACAAUA